AAGAUUUAUCAUGUUGGCUGCACUGCUGACAAAAAUGUCGGACACCAAUAAAAACGAAAAUGAAAAUCCUCCCGAAAAUGAGGAAACUGUGAAGCCUUCAGAGGAACUGGACACCCCAAAGGCACCCGAAAUGGACCAUGACACUUCUGCCACAACCACAAAAACCGAGUCGGAUUACGAAAGCGCCGAUUCUGAGGAAGAAACUGAAGACCGGCUGCGCAAAAGAGACAAUGAGGAUGGUACCGAGGAGGAAGGAGACGAAGAAGAAGGCACUGCCGACGAGGAGGAACUCUAUGGAGACAAACGAGAGGAAGGCGACGGAGAGGAAGAAAGUGGGUCUGCAAAAGAGAAAAAGUUGGAUGACGAUGAGGAUCGGAGGAAUCCGCAGUACAUUCCUAAAAAGGGCACCUUUUAUGAGCAUGAUGACAGAGGGGCAGACGAGCCUGAUGAAGAAGCUGAAUCAAAGGAGGAGAAACCCAAAAAGGCGUGGAAGGAGAGCGCUGACAGAUGGUCUCAUGACAAAUUUAACGAGGCUGACCAAGCACCCAAAUCUAGGGACGAGCUAGUAACUUCGUACGGAUAUGACAUUAGAAGUGAAGAAGGCCCUCCAAGAGCAAGAAGGAGAAGACGUUACGGACGAGGGCCAAACAAGUAUGAUCGUAAUUGGGAGGAUGAGAAUGCCUAUUCAAAACCCAGCCGUGGGGGAGCAGUUGUUGGCCGAGGUGGCGGCCCCCGGAGGCAAUCUGAUGGAGGCAGGUUGAGUGAGAGGUCUGAGGGAACAGAGGAAAUUCAAGUAGAUAGUGAGAAGCAGUUCCCUUCCCUGCCACCCAAAAGAAACAGCGACGGUCCUCGUGGCAGGAAAGGUGCUCCAGGAAAGGAAAGGGAAGUUGUGUUGGAAGAAGAGUCACCUCCGAAACCAACCAAUCAGCCAACAAAGAGUGGACGCGGCCGUGGUGUUGGCCCGUCAGGAAGGAUAAUCCGAGGAUCAGGAAGGAUUAUUGAAGGUCGAGGUAGGGGUGGACGAGGAGGUGGUCGACCCAGAGAUUUUGCCGACGAAGGAGAUAAGACAACCCACUUAGAAAACAACAUCAAAAAUCUUUCCCUCAAAGAUUCUGGCUCAGAGCAAUUUCCAAGUAGAGACUUUCGAAGGCAACAAAAACCUAAAGGCGAACCUUUUAAUCAAGCACCGCCUUCUGAGAGACGCCAAGCCAAUGUUCCUCCUAGGAUGCAGCAAGAAGGUUCCGGGAACAGACCGAAGAGGUAUUCCUCACAGAGACAACGAUCUCUUCCAGAAAGCAGUGCCUCUUAUGAUCAACCACCUCCUGCUUCUGGUCCAUAUUACGAACAAGGAUUCCAACAACAUCAAUUAUAUCCUGAAGCUGCAGUUGGUCAGCCUCAGCCUGUGGCAGCCCCUCUGCCAAACGCUGUUCCUGUGAGCUCGGCAACUCAAAUUUUACCCCCUGGAACCAACUUCACUCCGAGCUAUCCCUCACCUACUCAGGCUGCUGCAUUCAUAGCUCCUGCUCAGCCUCCUACAAGAAUUUUCCCUGCUGGUCCUCAACCAACACCUCCGUUUAUGGCGCCGCCAAAUCCUAAUAUGUUGAAUUACGUCCAACCUCCAGCCACUCAGUUUCCUGCUGCUUUUCCUCCAUUCCCAAGUUUCCCAGCUGUGCCUCCUGCAACUCCUCCUCAACCUCCAGCAGAAAUGUAUGUGCCUACUGGAAUCACAUAUUACAGCACUCAGAAUCAGGUUCCCCGUCCAACACCGUUGAAGCGGCCUAAAGCAGCAAUACCUAUAGUUCCACCACCGUCUGUGGACGAUAAACAGCAGGAUAACCAAGAAGAAGAUCAGGUAGAAGGCUCUGAAAAAGUGAAUGAAAAGGAGGAGAAUGAUGGAACGACUGAAAUCGUCCAAAAGGUCGAAGAAGUAAAGCAGGAAGUUCAUCCCACGGAAAUUUCAGCUUAGGAUUAUUAUACUAUAAUUUAAACAAUUUAUCCAAUGUACUGCUAAUCCUAGUAAUUAAACAAUUUAUUAAAUUUUGUAAUUCUUUCUAUAGAACACAAGGUGGGUUUGAUGUUAUUAUUUUUCUAUCUCAAGCAGGUGGUAUUUUCAUUUUUAUUCUUGGACAAGGAGUUUUGCAGUUGUGGGCCGGGCCUCCAGCUCAAAUUUAUUAAUCCUCAUACCUACGAACUUAUGAAUCUUUUCCCCCCGACUUUUUACUUUCAAAACGUAGAAAUAAAUGAACAAAUGCUUUUGAAUUAAGGAUAAUUUGUGGCUUAUUGGCUAAUAAAAAUAUACCAUUUUCACUCUACAGAAAACCAUAAGUGUCAAAUUUGACAUUUAAAUAUUAAUUGUUGAUGCCGUUUUGAAUUCAAGUAUGUGUCUAUUGUCGCAUGUACAAUUCAGUAUCGAUAUAUUUGCAAUAAUUUUUUUUACCCUGUGACUGUAACACAAGUAGCUGUUGUGUAAUUACUUAAGGUAACUUAUAUUUUUCAUUUGCUUGCAGGGUGGAAAACUGCAUUAUUUAUUUAUCAUUUAUUAAACUGUAACAGUUACUAGGCUACUCAUGAUUUGACUAUCCGGAUUAUCAAAAAUUAAAUUUUACAAAAAGAUGCAA